AUGCACCACCUCGUCCAAUCGCACCAAUGGGUGUCUCUGAAGCUUCUUUCGGAAGAUACAAAGGUGCUCCAAGUUGUACCCAACACGACGAUUUCCCUGGGUAAACUCGGCUCGUUCCCUAGCAACCUCGUUCUUGAGCGACCCUACCACAUCACGUACGAGAUUCAAGAUAGACGCGAUGGCGAGAACUUCAACAGACUGCGAGUUGUUCCUACCAGCGAGAUCCACGCCGACGCCCUGGCCGACUUGAACGCCCAAAACGCCGAGGAGGAGGGCACCACUCUCGAGAAUGUCAUUGCUGCCCCCGAUGGCGCCGAAUUCGAACUAGUGGACCAGGAGAGUGGCAAUGUAGUUGCGCACUCACGGCGCGAAAUCAUCGACGACGCCGCUCGUCAGACGCUGACUACCGAGGAGAUUGAGCAGCUGAAGCAGGGCAAUACAGACGCCGGCAAAGACAUUAUUGCGAAGCUGCUCUUGUCGCAUACCGCCAUCGACCAGAAGACGGCCUUUUCUCUCGCCAAGUACAAGUUGCUAAAGACCAAGAAGUAUAUUCGACGCUUCAUGAUACAACCGCUCGACCCCUUGACGCUGGGCAAAUGGCUGUUGGAAGAGAAGGAUGCCGGAAAGGUGCUUGAGAUGAGGGAAGAGAUGAUGGGACUCCUGAACUCCUGGGCUAACGUUCACUUUGGCGGCGUCUCUCCCACAGACAAGCCCGAGACUGUGACGAUCGAUGGGUCUGGCAUGUUGGACAAGUCCGAGAUUGGCGGUCGCUGGCUCGUUGUGGAGGACACCGGAGGUCUUGUUACCGCUGCUAUGGCCGAGAGAAUGGGCAUAUUGUACCCCAAGGAUCCCGAAGACGCCGAAGAAGCGGAGGCCAUGGAUUUUGUCAAGGAAGAAGCGAAUGGAGCAAAGUCAGCAGAGAGCAACGCCACCACCCUGGACGAUGCCGCGACAAUACAGACACAGGAGACAAGCACGGGGGCUGCAGCGCAAGACUCGACAUUGAACCUCGAGGAGACCACAACUGAUGCGACAAUGACAAACGACGGUGAGACGACAAAGCCGCAACAGCCUCGACGAAGGCAUCCGCCCCGUCGUGACGACUUCGAAGCCAUGUUCGCCCCGACCAACACCCUGACACUCAUCCACCCCAACAGCCAGCCGAACCUCGCCCUCCUCAAAUACUACAACUUUGACAGCACGAAUCCAAACCAGCCUUACCCCCUCCAUCCGCUCGCCACCAAUCUGCUACCCAUUUCCUGGUUGCAACUCUUGGAGCCCGAGGAAGACGUCACAUACUCAACACCGCCCCCCGAGGUCUCUGACGAAGAGCUGCAUUCGUGGAAGGCUAAUCGCCGCGGCAACUACCAUCGGAAGCGAAGACGCUGGGCGCGAACGCGCUACAUUGUCGACUCGACGCGCGCUGGUGGGUUUUCCGGGCUCGUCAUCGCCAGCACGAUGGACACCGUAUCCAUCCUGCGCCACACCUUGCCGCUCCUGGCUGGUGGAGCGCCGAUUGCCGUUUACUCGCAAAGCAUCGAGCCGUUGACUGAACUCGCCGAUUGCUUCAGUAUUGCACGCCGUGCAGGUUGGUCGUCAAAUCCUCCGCCCGAGGCAGCCGGCAAGUCUGUCCAGGACUUGGAACGGUGGGAGGGGUCGGACGACUUCCCCAUCAACCCGACUCUGCUCCUGGGUGCCAACGUACAGACAAGCCGCGCGAAACGCUGGCAAGUUUUGCCCGGCCGCACGCAUCCCAUGAUGAUGGGGCGGGGCGGGGCAGAUGGCUAUGUUUUCACGGGCUGGAAGGCAGUGCCGGCGGAGGGUAAGGUCGAGGCCAGAGGCAAGUUUAAGAGGAGAAAGGUAGAAGCGUGA